UCUUCGGUCGUCCCGAAUCCGGGUUCAUCCGACACCAGCCACCUCCGCCAUGCCGCCCAAGUUCGACCCCAACGAGAUCAAAGUCGUGUACCUGAGGUGCACCGGUGGUGAAGUCGGCGCCACGUCUGCCCUGGCCCCGAAGAUCGGCCCGCUGGGUCUGUCUCCAAAAAAGGUUGGUGAUGACAUUGCCAAGGCGACUGGUGAUUGGAAGGGUCUAAGGAUCACUGUGAAGCUGACCAUUCAGAACAGACAGGCCCAGAUUGAAGUGGUACCUUCUGCCUCUGCCCUGAUUAUCAAAGCCCUCAAGGAACCACCAAGAGACAGAAAGAAGCAGAAAAACAUUAAGCACAGUGGAAAUAUCACUUUCGAUGAGAUUGUCAAUAUUGCCCGACAGAUGCGGCAUCGAUCUUUAGCCAGAGAACUCUCUGGAACCAUUAAAGAGAUCCUGGGGACCGCCCAGUCUGUGGGCUGCAAUGUUGAUGGCCGCCACCCUCAUGACAUCAUAGAUGACAUUAACAGUGGUGCCGUGGAAUGCCCAGCUAGUUAACUACAAAAGAAAAUUAUUUCAAUAAAGGAUCAUUUGACAUCUCGUGGA